AUGGCAAUGUCAUCUAAUCUAGGAAAAAAUCAUCCAUGGUUUGAAAUUUGUCAUUCACGUCCAACAUCAAAAUAUCAAGUAUUUAUAUUUCCAUCAGCUGGUACUGCAGGUCCAUAUUAUCGUGAUUGGGAUAAAGAUUUUCCUGAAUAUGAAUUUUCAAUAAUAGUUUAUCCAGGUCGAGCAACAAGAUUUGGUGAUAAAGUUAUAACUGAUAUAAAAGAAUAUAUAAAUCAAUUAAAUACUGGACUCUUACCAUUUAUAACUAAACCAUGUAUUUUUAUUGGACAUAGUCUUGGAAGUGUAAUCAGUUUUGCAUUAGCUAAACAUAUGAUUGAUACAAAAAAUAAAAAUCAUCUACUUAAAUUAUUAGUUGAAAUGGGUCGAGGGCCACCACAUUUACAAGAUCCUGAUAUUCCAUAUGAACAAAUGAAUGAUAAACAAUUAAUUGAGCAUUUAAAAGAAAUAGCUGAUCCAAGUGCAAGAGAAAUAUAUAAUUAUCCUGAUUAUAUGCAAAUGAUCUUACCUAUGUUAAGAGGUGAUUCAAAAGUUGGAAAUGAAUUAUUAGAAAAUAUUCCAAUAAAUCUUCCAAUAAUUGUUUAUGGAGGAGAAAAAGAAAAAAAUGUUGAUGAAGAAUUUUUAAUUCGAUGGAAAGAAUUAACAACAAAACAUGAUUUAUUUCAUGUUCGAAUGUUUCCUGGAAAUCAUAAUUUUCAAUCAGAAUGUCAAACACAAGUUUUACAAGCUCUUAAACAAGAUCUUAAACAAUUUUUUUAA